CAUUUAUCUCGUGCUUAUAUUCAUAUGCCUUUCCCUCUUUCCAUAUAUAUUCCUUUCUUUCUCUCAAUUCCUUCCCAUCUCUUCUUCUCUGCUUCAAAACAUCCAACAAUCAACAAAAUCUCAUAAUAUCAAAAUGUCAAGAACUGUAGAACUGGAUUUCUUUCCCAUGGAGAAACAGAGCUCUCCCCAAUCUACUCCUCAGAAUAAGCUCCUUAAUCGCCGAAGAAGCUUUCGUGAUAUUCAGGGUGUGAUUUCGAAGUUGAAUCCUGAGCUUCUGAAGAAUGUGAUUGAAUCUGGAUCUGUGAAUCGGAGUUUGAUUGGGGAUUCCUUUGAUAAUACCAACAAGUCGAUUUCGGUUCCGUCGUCUCCGAAAGAUGAUCAGACUCUCUUUCCUGCUUUGCCUGUUUAUACUCCUAUCUUCAGGCCGAAUUCGUGUUGUGAAGGAGCUCCUCUGACGAUUUUCUACAAUGGAUCCGUCGCUGUUUUUGAUGUCCCUCAAAACAAGGCUGAGAAUAUUUUGAAACUUGCCGAGAAAGGAGUCCCGAAAGCUGUUGAAUCAUCAGAUUCCAAAAGCAACCAAGGACAGCUUAUUGAGACACUCAACAAUGGAGAUCUACCAAUCGCUAGGAGGAAGUCAUUACAGAGCUUCUUACAGAAGCGCAAAGAGAGGUUGACUUUGGCUUCACCAUAUGGUUCUCCUGCCGACUAUCCAUUUUUGGUCCACAAUACUUCCGGACCUAAACAAUAAAAAAAAAGGUAGGGGGGAGAGAGACAUAUGGAUAGAUGGAGAAUAGACCAGGAAGGUGGCUUAUAUUAUUAUAUAAAAGAGGCAUUGCUCGUUUUAUUAGUGUUAUUUGGAAGUAGGGAAAACGAAAUUGGAGAGAGGGUUGGCAAUUUUGAAGCAGCCAUUGUUGAAAUGGAAUAAAGCCAGAGACAGGUUGCAUCUACAAGACUUGGCUGCUGUUGUGUGCUGGUGUGUGUGGAAAGAGAGAAAUGCUUACAUUAUCAAUGGUUGUUGGUAGCUUUAUGGACUAUCAGUCUGCUCUGGAUAUGGUAGUCCGCUCUGGAUAUGGUUCCUUGUUAACCGGUUCUCGGGGGAUGGAGCAGGAGCUACUUCUCUGUUAUUGCUGAUCCUUCGGUGGCUGAAACCCUAUGUGCUGCGACAGGCAAUAUUGAGGGCUGUUAGUUGGAGUUUCUCUACAGUUCAGUUCGAAAUGGAUGCUUAAGCUGUUAUUUCUUGUUUGGAGACUCAACCCUUGUUCACAGUGCUUUUUGUUCAUCCUGAGUGCAAUGUUGAAAUGGAAUUGUAGUGUAAUGUAGGAGGGGUUGGAAUGUAUGAUUCAAUAUAUCUAUCCUUGUUUGAUA